AUGGCCGAAAGGCUGCUAGGCAUACGCCUAAAGAAUAUAAUAGAAAAUAGGAAUCUACACUGGCCACCAGAGUCGAUAACGAAAUACGAUAUUACAUGUUUGAAAACAGAAACGAUAAGGAGUAAAAAUAACAGUGAAGUAAUUUCAAUUGAAGAAUUAGUGGAAGAGCUCCAGGAAUCAUAUCAAGACUACAGAAGGCAUAAAAGAGCAGUAUUGAGAAGUAUUAUACACUCAAUCUUAAGUGAAUACAACACAGGUGAUACAAAGAAAAGAGGGUCCGAACACUUGAGAGAAUCAGAAGGAACGAACGAAAUGAAUAACAGUAAACAGAAAAUGGAAAUAGAUGAACCAAUAAUCAAUUUAAACGGAAAAAUAAGAAAAAGCUAUAAGCAAACACCGAAAUCGGAGAAAAAUAAAGAGAGUAAGAGGAAAGAAGCUAAUGAAAGUCAGAAUCAAAGGUCGGAAGAUGCUGGAGCAGAAGAGGAGUAUAUGUUCAUCCCAGAAACAGUGGUGACAACAAGGCUGAGUGACAUAGGAGGAAUAGAUAAAAUAAAGGGAGAAAUAAACAAUUUAAUAAUAAAUCCACUAAAGUACCCGCAGCUGUAUAAGCACCUGGGAGUGCAGCCGACGAAGGGAGUGUUACUGCACGGACCACCAGGAUCAGGAAAGUCGAAGCUAGCAGAAGCAAUAGCAGGAGAGGUGGGAUGCCCAUUCUUCAGAGUGGCAGCGACGGAGAUAGUGACGGGGAUGUCAGGAGAGUCGGAGAACAGACUGAGGAGCCUGUUCGAAAAGGCGAAGGGGUGCGCACCGAGCAUAAUAUUCCUGGACGAAAUAGACGCAAUCACGCCGAAAAGAGAAAACACGUUCAGAGAAAUGGAAAAGAGAAUAGUGUCCCAACUGGGAAUGUGUAUGGACGGACUGCAGGACCAUUUCGUAAUAGGUAAGAAAGGAAUGUUAACAUGCAAUAAUUCAAAUGUAGUGAUUGGAGCAACAAACAGACAGGAGUACCUGGACCCAAUGAUAAGAAGAAACGGACGCUUCGACAGAGAAAUAUCAAUGGGAAUACCGAACCAGGAGUCAAGAACAAACAUACUAAAGGCACUGGCAGUAAAUAAAAGAAUAGGAACGGACGUGGACUUCGAGGAAAUAGCAAACCUAACGCCAGGGUUCGUGGGAGCAGACCUGCAGUCAGUGCUGAGAGAAGCGGCAAUAAGCGCAAUAUCGAGAAUGUUUGAAACAACAGACAUGGACCGCGUAAACGAAGAAAAGUUGAAGUCGCUGUACAUAACGAGAGAAGAUUUCGUAGCAGGAGUGUCCAAAGUACAGCCGAGUUCGAAGAGAGAAGGCUUCAUCACGAUCCCAGACGUGACGUGGAGCAGCAUAGGAGCACUCUCGGAGCUUAAGUCGGAGCUGGAGAAGCAAAUAGUCUUCCCAAUCAAGUACAAGAAGCUGUACACGAGGUUUGGAGUGGGCGUGUCGGCGGGAGUGCUGCUGUACGGGCCGCCAGGAUGCGGAAAGACGCUGCUGGCAAAGGCAAUUUCGAACGAGUGCAAGGCGAAUUUUAUAUCAGUGAAAGGGCCCGAAAUACUGAACAAGUACGUGGGAGAAAGCGAAAAGGCAAUAAGGCUGAUAUUCCAGAGAGCAGCAACGAGUUCGCCAUGCAUAAUAUUCUUCGACGAAGUGGACUCACUGUGCUCAACGAGAAACGAGUCGAACCAAGUUAACGAAAGAAUAGUAAACCAGCUGUUGACGGAAAUGGACGGAAUACAGAACCGCGAAUACGUGUAUAUUAUCGCAGCAACGAAUAGACCGGACAUCAUUGACCCGGCGAUCAUGAGGCCAGGAAGGUUGGAAAAGCUGUUCUACGUGCCACUGCCAAACGAAGUCGACAGAGUGGACAUACUCAAAAAACUCACAACGAAGACGCCGUUGAGCAGGCAAAUCGACUUCGAAUACAUAGCAAAGCACACACAAGGAUUCAGCGGAGCAGAUCUGGCAAGUCUGUGCAGAGAAGCAAGCAUUAUCGCAAUAGAAGAGAUAAGAAUGGGAAUGAAGGAGACGAGCAAGUUCGAAUAUAAAAUCACGGCUCCAGAAGACUCGGAGCUGAGGAUGGAGCAUUUCCAGAGAGCACUGAGCAAAGUUAAGCCCUCAGUGAAGCAGCACCAAAUAGACUUCUACAACAGCUUCAGGGCCAAAUACUCGUGA